AUGAACUACCUACGUCGACGACUCUCGGACAGCAAUUUCAUGUCCAACCUGCCUAAUGGCUACAUGACUGAUCUCCAACGCCCCGACCCACCGCAGCAAAGCCCCGCAGUGUCGCCCGGGCCGUCUGAGAGGCGCCAGUCCACCAGCCAGAUGCAGCAGCAGCAGCCGCCGCAGCAGCCGCAGCAGGCAGGAGGUGGAGGCUCCGGCUUCUUCUCAUCUAUAUCCAAUGCUGUCAAACAGACUACAGCUGCUGCGGCUGCGACCUUAUCCGAGGCAGCAGAUCGGGCUGGUGUCUCCAGCAGUGCCAAGGUCCUCCUGGUUAUUGAUGACCAGCAGACCGACUGGGUAAAGGUUUUCAGAGGCAGAAAGGUCCAUGGUGAAUACGACAUCAAAGUAGAGCAGGCAGAAUUCUCUGAAAUCAACCUGGUGGUCAACUCCACAGGCACCUAUAAUGUGGACAUUGAUGCAAUCAGGAAUGGGCACAAGGUUACUAAAUCCUUUAAGCCAGACUUUGUGCUGAUUAGACAGCAUGCCUUCAGCAUGGACAAGAAUGGAGACCACCGGAAUAUAGUGAUUGGACUGCAAUAUGCAGGACUGCCAAGUGUUAACUCUUUACACUCUGUCUACAAUUUCUGUGACAAACCAUGGGUGUUUGCUCAGAUGACUAGACUGCACAAGCAACUGGGCGCAGAGGAGUUCCCACUGAUUGAGCAGGUUUACUAUCCAAAUCACAAGGAAAUGAUUACUUCCCCCCGGUUCCCUGUAGUGGUAAAGAUGGGCCAUGCUCACUCAGGAAUGGGAAAGGUGAAAGUUGACAAUCAGUAUGAUUUUCAAGAUAUCGCCAGUGUCGUGGCACUGACAAAGACCUAUGCUACAUCUGAGCCAUUUAUUGAUGCAAAGUAUGAUGUCCGCAUCCAGAAGAUUGGCGACAAUUACAAGGCUUACAUGAGAACAUCAAUUUCUGGCAACUGGAAAACCAACACUGGCUCAUCUAUACUUGAGCAGGUGGCCAUGUCAGACAAGUACAGAUUGUGGGUGGACUCUUGUGCUGACAUCUUUGGAGGUUUGGAUAUCUGUGCUGUGGAAGCUCUUCAUGGUAAAGAUGGCAAGGACUACAUUAUAGAGGUAGAUGACUGUUCAAUGCCACUGAUUGGAGACCAGCAGGAUGAGGAUCGUGUUCAGAUUGCGGAACUGGUGGUUUCUAAGAUGAACCAGAUUGUUCUACGCACUUCAAGCUCUUCCACAGUUCGUUCCACAGCGGGACAGCCAGCACAGAAAACAGUGUCUCCUCAGCCUGUCUCACAGCCCAGAGUACCACAGGCUCAACAGCGCCCCUCUCCCCAGGGUGGUCCUCAGCAAGGUCCCCCAUCUCAGCCACGUCCACAGCCUCAAGGCCAACCUCCUGCACAGGUCCAACAAUCUGCAGCCAGCCCAGGCACCGGUGACCCAAGUGCCCAGGCCAAGGUUAGCCAAGGAUCUGCAGCACAGCAACGGCCAGGUCAAGGAGCUCCUCCAGCCCAGAGGCCUCCUUCUGGUCAGAGUUCUCCUCAGCGAAGCCAGAGCGGUUCCCCUCAAACUCAGAGGCAACAGUCUGUCUCACAGCAGCAGAAACCUACGCCAGGCCAGAAAGCACCAGGGGGCCAACCCCAGCAACAGAGGCCUGCACAACCACCGAGGCAGCAGUCACAGGGAGGGUCACAGCAACCGAGGGCUCCAGGGCGUCCUGGAGGGCCCACCACCCAGCAGCCACGACCUGCAGCCCCGGGCCAGGGAGGCCCAGGAGGACGACCCCCACUGCAGCAGAAGCCUCAGCCCCCACAGAAGCCCAGUCAGGACAACCCGAAUAUGGGCGGCUCUCCACAACUAAACAAAUCCCAGUCUCUUACAAAUACCUUCAACAUUCCAGAAACCCCAACACCACGAGCCAGCCUUAGCCAGGAUGAGGUGAAGGCUGAAACCAUACGCAAUCUACGCAAAUCUUUUGCCAGUCUCUUCUCAGACUGA